AAAGCCUGAGAUCUCACACUGUUUCUAAGCUCAUUCUUGUUUCUCUAUCCUGCUGUGAUUCUUCUUGAUCAUCAUAAAAGAAAAUGCCUGCCAGCCUUUGUGGAACAUGGGAAAUUCUAAACAGCACCAAUCUGGAGGGAUACAUGAUUGCUUUGGGAAUCGGCUUGUACACUCGUAAGAUAGCUCUGAAGCUGAAGCAGCAUAAAGUGAUCGAGAAGGUCAGCGACAAGUAUGUGAUCAAAAGUCUCAGCUCCUUCAGGAACUAUGUGUUCACCUUCAGAGUGGGUGAGGAGUUUGACGAGUAUACUAAGGGAUUGGAUGAGAGAAACUGCAAGUCUUUGGUGACAUGGAAAGGAAACAGGAUGGUGUGCAUUCAGAAGGGUGAGAAGAAAAACAGAGGUUGGGCUCACUGGAUCGAGGAUGAUAAACUACACCUGGAGCUUUAUUGUGAGGACCAAAUCUGCAAACAAGUUUUCAAAAGAGUGGCUUAAAGCAUAACUUUGCAUCUCAAUGAGGAAGAAGUGUAGGUGACACUGUGUAGACUAUGGGCUUGUCCUCUCUGGCAUGAUCAAUGUUCAUCAGGAGAGCUGGAACUCUCAGCAAGCUUUUGUAACUAAGGGCAAUGCUGUCAAGGCAAAAGAGAACCCCCAGUCCUGGAGAAGCACAGUGUUUACUGUUCCUUAGCACAUCAGAUUAGCUAAUAAGCAAUCUGUAGGCUCUGAGUUGUGCUAUAACAGUGAAAUAAAUAAGAAGUUGUUAUGUGACUGUACAAUUCACAUUAUUUCUGUUCUCUAUGUCACCACUAGGAGGCGAUAUAACAUUAUAAGUGAGUUACAUUUACAACAGACACAGUUACCCAGAGUGACUUACAUUUGAUUUCAAUUUAUACUACUGAACAAUUGAGGGUUAAGGGCCUUUCUCAGGGGCCCAGUAGUGGCAGCUUGAUGGACCUAGGAUUCAAACUCUUGACCUUCUGGUUAUUAAUCAAACACCUUAACCACUAGGCUACCACAUCCCAGUUUCUAAUAGUUUGCCUUACUGGUGCUGUAGUUUUCUAUUACAUACAUCUGUCAUUUGUUAUAGUUCAUCCAUCCAUAUUUCAUUUUAAAAUAUUUUGUCAAUUGCUCAACUCAGAUUGGGACAUCUGCGGAUUUAUCUAUCUAAAUGUCACCUACAUUCGUAAUUUACCUUUUUAAAAAGAUGUGUGUGUAUGAUAUCAAAGCCACACAUUCUAAAAGAAAGAAAUGGUCGUUAUUGUUAAUAAUCUGCUAAUGUUAUACUGU